AUGAUAAAUUUUGAAGCUCUAUUAGAAUUUGAGGAAUCAUUGAGUAUAAAUUAUAUAAAUGAUCAUAAAUGUUUAAUUCAAUCAAUUGAAAAUAAAUUAAAUUAUUUAAGAAUUAAUGAAGGUAAUAUAGAAAAUUAUGAAAAUAUAAAAGAUAAUAAUGGAGAACAAAAUAAUGAAGAAGAAGAAGAUGAUGAUGAUAAGACUCUGAUUGUAUUUGAUUGCGAAAUUGAAUUAUAUAAUGCAAUUAAUUCAUAUAAUCUAAUAGAAGAUGAAUUUUUAACAUGUUCAAAAUGUGGGUUACAUUUGAAUUCCAUUCAAUUAAUAAAUAAAUGUUGUUUACAAACUAAAGAAUUUAUUCAAAAUCAAUUAACAAAUAAAAAUUCAUUAGAUUAUAAUUAUUGGUUAUCAUUUAUUGAUAAUCCUAUUAGAACAGUUUUCACAUUACCGUAUUUAACUGAAUUUAAUUUGAAAAAUCAUAUACCUACAAAAUUAAGAUCAAUUAUAUGGAAAAAAUUUCAUUUAUUAACCACUUGUCAAAUUCCAAAUUCAAUAAAUUUAAUUUUCAAAAAUUUUCAACAUUCAUAUACUAAUGAAAUAUCUAUACAAAUUUCAAAAGAUGUGUUGAGAACUUUUCCUCAUAUAAAAUUUUUCCACAAUGAAAAAACUAUAGAAGAUUUAUCUACAAUUUUAAAUUUAUAUUCAAAUUAUGACUUGGAAUUAGGAUAUUGUCAAGGUUUAAUUUUUUUAGUUGGUGUUUUAUAUUAUCAUUUAGAAAAACUGACUAAAAUGACAUUUUUUGCAUUAAUUAAUAUAAUGGAAUUAGAAAAAGAAUUACAUGAUAUUUUCACUGAUGAUAUGUCCAAGACUUUAAAUUUAUGGUUUUUACAAUUUUUAUCCGUCUUAGAAAUUAUAGAUUUGGAAUUAUUUGAAUAUUUUUCUAAUAAUUUAAAAAUAAUGAAAGUAUUUUUAUUUCAAUGGUGGUUAACUUUUUUAAGUUCUCAUAUACCUAUUAAUGGAUCUAUUAUAAUUAAUUAUAUAAUGGAUUUUUGUCAUUUUCAAAGUUGGAAAAUUGGAUUGUUUAAAUUAUCCUUGGGAUUAUUAAUUAUAAAUAAAGAACUUAUAAUGAAUUUAAAUUUUGAAAAAGAUGAAGAAAUUUUAUUACAAAUUUUAUUAAAUGAAGAUAAAUGGUUAGUUGUUUUGAAUAAUAUUGAUUAUUUUUUCAGUGAUUUAAUAUUUUCAUGGAAUGAUGAAAUUUUUUUAAAUUUACCAAUUACAUUUCAAGAUUCAAGAUUAGUUUUAAUUAAUGAUGGUAUGAUGGAUUUAAGUCCAACUUCAAAACCUUUAUAUUCAAGUUUUAAAGCUUUGUCUCAAACUUUUAAACAACUUCGUAGAAGUAGUCAUGAUAGAACUAAAUCAAUUUGUUCAAUUGGUUUUAAAAAACAAGAUAAAUCAACUCUGGUAGUUGAAUGUAAACAAGAUAGAGAUAGAUCAACUUCUGUGAUUUCAACAGUUUCAACAACUUCAUAUAAUUCAAAUUAUUCAAAUUAUGAAUCAACAACUUCAAUAUUUUCAAAUAAUUUUUUAAAAUUUCACAAAGAAACAAAUAAUUCAUCAAAUUAUGAUAUUACAAGAGAUGAAGAAAUUGAUUUAUUAACUAUUGAAAAUGAAAAAUUAAAAAUUUUAUUAAGACAAUCUUAUUAUUUAUUGAAAAAAAGUGAUAAUUCUGAUAAUGAUAAAGAUGAAAUUAAUUUUUUAAAUUUUGAAAUUGAAAAAAUUUUAAAUACUUAA